UUCAGCCUCCCCUUGGUCCAGCCAAAGCACAAGGAAGGGGAGGGAGCAGCGAGGCGAGAGGAAGGGAGACGCUGCGAGGUGAGAGGAAGGGAGACGCUGCGAGGUGAGAGGAAGGGAGACGCUGCGAGGUGCACAACAAGUCAGGAUACCGAGAACCCGGGAGAACCAUCCAUGACCCGAGAGGUCCCCGAGAUUACUGGCCAAUGAUGGAUUCAGAAGACUCCCAGGCUCAGGAUACCAAGGAACCCAGGAUGGCGGAGGAGGUGAAGAGGGAGAAGGAAGGUCUCAUCGAGUUCUAUUCAUCAUAUCGGGAACUCUUCGAGUUCUUCUGUAAUAAUACCACCAUUCAUGGCGCCAUCCGGCUGGUGUGUUCCCGAAACAACCGCAUGAAAACCGCCUUCUGGUUGGUCCUCUUCCUGGUCACCUUCGGCCUCAUGUACUGGCAGUUCGGACUUCUCUUCGGACAAUAUUUCAGUUACCCGGUGAGCAUUAAUGUCAACGUCAACUCCGACCGCCUCCUGUUCCCGGCUGUGACCGUGUGCACCUUGAACCCGUACAGGUACCAUUCUAUCCUGAGUGACUUGGACCAGCUGGACAGAGACACCCAGCAGCUCCUCUUCAGCCUCUAUCAGUACAAUGUCACCGGGGUCCAAGGCCGCGUUCCCACAAACCGGAGGAGGCGGGAAGCCAAGGAUCCGCUUCCAUUCCCUCUGGAGAAGAUCCCAGCUGAGGAACGUUCCCACAGGGCGCCACGAAGUGUAGAUUCCGGGCCUGAGGGGGACACCAUGCCAGUCAACCGUCAGAACUGGAACAUCGGCUUCAAACUGUGUAAUAAGACCGGAGGGGAUUGCUUCUACCAGACGUACAGCUCGGGGGUGGACGCCGUCCAGGAGUGGUAUCGCUUCCAGUAUAUAAAUAUCCUCGCCCGCGUUCCCAAGGAUGCCGAUGUCACCACUGAGCAGCUGGAAAACUUUAUCCUCGCUUGUCGGUUCAAUGAGGAGCAUUGCAUGCAGACCGGAAACUACACACAUUUCCACCAUCCCAUCUACGGAAACUGCUACACCUUCAACCACAACCAUUCCGAGAGCAGCACGUGGAUCUCCUCCAUGCCGGGGAUAAAGAACGGUUUGACGCUCGUCCUGCGCACCGAGCAGCACGACUACAUCCCGCUCCUGUCCUCCGUUGCCGGGGCGCGGGUCCUGGUUCAUGGGCACAACGAGCCGCCCUUCAUGGAUGACAGUGGCUUUAACAUCCAGCCCGGGGUGGAGACCUCCAUUGGCAUGAGAAAGGAAACAAUCAGCCGUUUGGGCGGAGACUACAGCGAUUGUUCUGAAGAUGGCGGCGAUAUUGACGUGAAGAAUUUGUUUAACAGUGACUAUACGCAACAGGUCUGCGUCCGCUCGUGUUUCCAGGCAGAGAUGGUGAAACGCUGCGGUUGUGCGUACGCUUUCUAUCCGCAGCCGGAGGGAGCCGAGCUCUGCGAUUACAAGAUCCACAAGAGUUGGGGUCAUUGUUAUUACCGACUUCGAAACGAAUUCAACACGGAUGUUCUGGGCUGUUUUACCAAAUGCCGCAAACCUUGCCUGUAAGUACCCCGCUAAUCCCC